UUUAGGUACUCAUCACUCUCAGUCUCUCCUUAGUCUUCGUCAAGUCUUCCCUUUCCCCAUUGCAGAGAGAGGGAGAGAGAGAUGCGUCGCCGGGGAUUGGUUGCCGUCGGCUUCGUCGCCCUGGUGAUCCACUGUCAUCUUCAGGUAUCCGCUUCAGCGGGCUCACUCCGCGAUCAUGGCAUUGAAUCCAUUUCCCCUUUCUCCACUGCCCUCAAAAUCCUACAAAAACAGAUCGGCUAUGUUUUCAAGAGCAUCAGUCUUCUGCGACGGGCCAUGACUCACGCGUCGUACUCGGAGGAGAACAACAAGGCGCUGAGCAUUUUGGGGGCGAGCGCGAUCGAGGCGGCAGUUUCGCUCCGAUCGCUGAUCAAUGACGUCGAUGUAUCGGCGAAGGAUCUGACCCGCCGGAUAUCGGAGAUUUCCAACGUGGAGUCGUCGUGCACUGCCGAUGGAAUGCGGUUGGGAUUGGAGAAGGUGGUACGGGUUUCUCCCAAGACCAAUUCGUCUGCCCCGGCGGUGGUUUGCGGUGCUUUCCGGGCGGUUUUUGGGGCUAUUGCGGUCGAUAACGGGACGGCUGAUUCAGCCGGGGCUGUGUUCUGGAGGGUUCACGGUGGCGGCAUUGGAAGAGCAUUUGCACUGUAAGUUGCGGAUGUGAUUGUAUGUCAUACACUGUUAUAUACUUAACCGAUUUUCCCAUCUCUGGGGUCUAGGUUUGUAUGAUUUGCUUAUGUCUUCGUGGAGAACACUAGUUGACUGAAUGCCCUGUGAUUUUAUAUAUUAUCUGUUUGGUGGAUAUGUGAAUAUUAGUGAUGCGAUCAAAGUUCUGGUUUGUCUCCUA